AUGACACAAAAUUCAUCAAUAAAAGUUGGUUUUGUUGGGUUAAAUUGUGCAAAUACAUUGGCAAUAAAGACCCAUUGUCAGGCCAUUUUGCAGGUUUCAUCUUUUUUUGAAAUAUCAGCCAUAUAUAAUGAUAAUAUCCAAGAAUCACUUGAUAUCAUAGACAGAUUGAGUCUUCAAGAUGCCGUUGCGUAUCCAUCACUAAAACAAUUAGUUUCCAACUCCGGUAUAGACAUGAUUGUUUUCACAUCAAAUGGUGAACAAUUAUAUGAUAAAAUAAUGUCUAUUUUAGAUAAUAUUAGGGAAGAAAAGAAUCAAAUUAAAUAUUUACUUUUCGAAUGGUCAUUAAACUUCAGUCUUACACAAACUGAAUUUCUUGCAAACCAGACGAUUGAAUUAGGUAUACAGACAAUAAUAUCUCUACAAAGCAGGAAGUCACCUUACAUAAUAAGGGCGAAAGAAUUAAUAGAAGAUGGAUCAAUAGGUAAUAUUAACUCUAUAGAGGUAGCUGGUAAUGGAAAUUGGUUUGGUUAUGAAAGACUGCAAAAAUCACCACAAUUUCUUUAUGAAAUGGACGCUAGGAGGGACCUCGUAAGUUAUUGCUUUGGGCAUACUAUUGAUGCGUUGGAAUACAUUACAGGUUCAUACUUCAGUACCAUCAAUUCAAUGAUAUUCAAUAAUAUUCCCGAGCAAGUUCUGGUUGACGAUAUGGGAAAUUCUCUUGGUAAAAAAGUACAGAAAAAUGUACCGGAUCAUUUAUUAUUCCAGGGGAAAUUAAUUAAAGGAAAUGUACCUGUAUCAUGUAGUUUCAAAGGUGGGAAGCCGACCAAGAAAUUCACUAAAAAUCUCGUGAUUGAUAUACAUGGUACAAAAGGUGAUUUGAAAAUUGAAGGUGAUGCAGGCUUUAUAGAAAUAUCGAACUUAGUAUUAUAUCAUAGUGGUAUCAAAGUUAAUAUCAACGCUGAUAUUCAAGACCCACCUCCUGAGGGACAAGUAAUCUACAAUACAGACGAUGAAGUUUUAGAAUUUUUUCAUUAUAGGAAUUAUAAUGCUUUGGUGGGAAACAUGGCAAAAUUAUACCAGUCCAUUGCAGAUUUUAAUGAUCAAAAAAAUGGUAAGUUUCACGAUGCCUCACUAUUACCAAUUUCACAGAAACCCAAAGCAGAUGAACUCAUCCUUAUCCAGGGGCUACAAAUGGAUGGAUUUCCAACCCUGUUAGACGCAUUAGCAUUAUAUAGAUUAGUCGAAAACGUUUAUAAAAGUAACGCUGUAGGCUCAACUCUAAACGUGAGUAAUAUAAAUCAAUACCCAUAA